AAUUAUUACAUAGUACAUAGCGUCUGACUUCAAUGAGAUUUUCAUUUAAAUAAAAAGAGUAUAAAAUUAUCAAAACUAUUAGUGUGAAACAUUCAAGUUUAUUAUCAAUGUUAAUGUGUUAUUUAUGAGCUUAAGAUUUUAUACACGUACCAAAAUGUAUUCAACACACUCAACGGUAUUUCUAACGUCGUCUGCUUCAAUCAUUCUUUCAAUUUUAAUUACAUUCGCUGUCAGUCUUCCAGCAGGUUUAUACGAUUUCCCAAGUCCGAGAAUUGAAGUAUUCAAAAAUGGAGGUUUUAAAGUAUCCGUACCUGAUGAAGAUGGUUUAUCAUUAUUUGCAUUUCAUGGUAAUGUAAAUCGUCCAUUGCGCAAUUUAGAAGCUGGUCAAUUCUCCGUUGAUAUUACCAAAAAAGAAAAUAAUCGUUGGACAUAUGAGAAUUCAGAUUUAAAAUUAAAACGUGGUGAUGUCAUUAAUUAUUGGUUAUAUGUUAUAAAAAAUGGAUUAGGUUAUCAAUUGCUAGAUAAACAAUAUACAGUUGAAGAUUACACAGAUGAAUCAAGCUGUACAGUUGUAUACAAUACUGCCAUCGCUGAUUGUAAAGAUCAAGUUAAAUCAUUAGAGGCUUGUAUGAAAAUUCAAUCAAAUAUACUGGAGUCUCUAGUGAUAUCUCAAAGUGAAUUAGUCCGUUUACAUAAAUUAGUAAAUCCAAAUUUUAAUGUCGACAAUAAUAAUGUUCGACUGUUACCAUCAGCAGAUCAACCAGAAGGUGUAGUAUCACUUGGUCCUAUUCCAACGAUUCCAACCACAACUUCGAAGCCACUCCACAAUGUUUCAACUUACAAACAUGCAUUAUUAAUGGGUGGCAAUUUGCCAAUUGUACAGCCAUCACAAAAAAAUUAUAUACAAUUCAUUAAUUUUAUAUUAUGGGAAAAAUUAGAACUAAAUAACACUGAAGCUGUAAGUGUUACACUACAAGACGAUGAUACUUAUGUUUUUGAUUUACGUAGUGGUAAAGAAAAGCAACAAGUAUUAGAUGCUAGUAAAAUAAAAUUAUUAGAUUCUACAAUUUUUAUAAGAAAUUUUGAAAAAUAAAAUACGCCGGUAGUUGAAAAAAAAAGUUGUUAUUUCAAGUUUUUUUAUUUCAAAUAACAUUGGCACCACGUCUUGUUCAGAAAUGUGAUUAAAUUUCAUAACUAUCAAUUGUACCUGUAAUUUAAUGGUCAGAGAGGCAAACGUAAGGAAAUAAAGCUAAGGUAAAUAAUGAAAUUUUCCAUAAUAUUCAUUGUGGCUAUUAUCGUUUUUCAUGGUUAUAAAAUUGCUAAAAUUGACUCCGAUGCGGCGUUAGGCAAACGGUCUUUUUCGCUAAUGAAAUCAUUAUUAAGAAUUAUUUGACUUAAAGUAAUUGCUUUUGAAAAUCUUUUGUAAAGUCAAGUCCAGAUACCAAUAAUGUUAUUUAUUUAUUUUAUUUAUUUAAUUUAAGGUCGCUUUUAACAUCAAGGUCAUAGUAUUAUUAAUUGCUAUUUAUUGU